AUAAAUUGUUUCAUAUAUAUUGUCUCAUAACUAAUAUUGUGAUUAUAAUUAUUGCUUUAAAAUAAUGGCUUUGGAUAUGUUUUUUCCGUAUCGUUCAGCUGUUAGACGACGAUAUCCAUCGGAUUUGUUUGAUUGGCCGCAGAGUAUGUUUGGACAACACUUUGGUCUCGAUUGUCGUGAUUUUGACCGAUCAUUGAGUCAAUUGAAUCAACUCUCGGGAUAUGUAGCCAACACUGGCGACAAGUUUUCCGUGAAGUUAGACGUCAGUCAUUUCAAACCCGAAGAAAUUGAAGUCAAAACUAUUGGCAAUUAUAUUGAAAUUCAUGGCAAACACGAAGAAAGAAGUGAUAGUCACGGAUGGAUUGCACGAGAGUUUACCAGACGUUAUGUUUUGCCCGAUGGAUGCAAAGCCGAGGACGUGAUGUCGAGUCUUAAGCCGAAUGGUGUGCUGACUAUUGARRCUAAGAAAGAACAGUUGCCACCAAUCAGUGGUGUUGAACGUGUGGUUCCCAUCGCUAUCACCGAAGGAGAGAAACAGAAUAAACAGUUUGGUUAUUGA